GAGUGAGGCAAUUGUUUUUUAGAGAGCGAGGACUACUUCUGCCACCCCCCUCCUCCUCCUCCUCCUCCCAUCCUCUCCUCCUCCUCCUCCUCCUCCUUUAGCCCUCCUCCCAUCCUCUCCCUCUCCAUGCGCCGAGAGGGACGAGCGAGGCCGGGGGAGCGCCAGGAAAAGGGGAAGGGCCUUUACUUCUCUUCCUCCCGCGUUACAGCUGACAAAAACAGCUGGCGAGCCUAGAGACCAGAGCCCGCUAGAGAGAGGAGCAGGCAGUGAGGAGAAGGAGCUGGGAGGAGGAGGAGGAGGAGGAGGAGGAGUUGGAGCAGGAAGAAAGCGAAAGGAGCGCCUAGGGAGGAGAUUCGAAGGAGUAGGAAGCCGGCGCGAGGCGGAGACCGGGGUCAGGGUCGUUCAUCUCUAUGGGUUGCGCUCUGAGUUCAGAGUGGUCCGGACAGCAGCCGGAGGUACAAGUGUUGUCGACGGCAACGGUUGCCAGGAGCGCCUCUCAGAAGAGGAGGUCGGUGGAGAGAAGCAACAGCGCCAGGAUGAGGCUGUCCAAAACGGGGAAAGGGGAGCCCCACGUCUUUAAGGAGAAGACGUUUAAGAAGAAGCGUCAGUGCUCCGUGUGUCGGCAGGGAGUGGACGGCCUGGGCUCCUUCUGCAGAGUUUGCAAGACGGCUACUCACAGAAAAUGCGAGUCAAAGGCCAACUCCCCAUGUGUUCCAGCCCCUUCCAAUGAUCUGCAGAGAAGGGGGACGGCACCGUCUCGACACAUCCAGCAACUGGGGUCGACCAAGUCACUGAAUUACACCAAACAGAGAAGCACUCUGCCCAGGAGCUUCAGUGUGGACCGGGUGAUGGAGCGCGUGAUGGAGCGCAACUACGACUUCGAUCUGACCUACAUCACCGAGCGCAUCAUCUCCGUCUUCUUCCCUCCUCUGCUGGACGAGCAGCGGUACCGGGUCAACCUGAAGGAGGUCACCGCCAUGCUGCGCUCCAAGCACCAGGACAAGUUCCUGCUCUUCAACCUGUCUGAAAAGCGACACGACAUCAGCCGUCUGAAUCCAAAGGUCCAUGACUUUGGCUGGCCUGACCUCCACGCACCCCCCCUGGACAAGAUCUGUGCCAUGUGCAAGGCCAUGGAGACCUGGCUGACCUCCGACCCCCAGCACGUGGUGGUCCUGCACUGCAAGGGCAACAAGGGUAAAACUGGUGUGAUAAUGGCUGCAUACAUGCACUACAGCAAGAUAUCUGCAGGGGCGGACCAGGCGCUCAGUACCCUGGCCAUGAGGAAGUUCUGUGAAGAUAAGGUUUCUUCAUCGCUUCAGCCGUCCCAGAACAGGUAUAUCUAUUACUUUGGGGGUCUGCUCUCUGGGGCGAUCAAGAUGAACAGCAGCCCCCUCUUCCUCCAUCAGGUCCUCAUCCCUUCCCUCCCCAACUUUCAGGGAGAACAAGGUUACUACCCGUUUGUGAAGAUCUACCAGUCCAUGCAGUUGGUCUACACCUCCGGCAUAUAUGAUCUGCAGGGCACGGGUGGAAGGCGUCUGUGUGUGACCGUGGACCCAGCUCUGCUGCUGAAAGGUGACAUCAUGGUGAAGUGCUACCACAGGCGAGCCCAGACGGCCGACAGGGACACCGUGUUCCGGCUGCAGUUCCACACGUGCACCGUGCAUGGAAGUCAGCUCUGGUUCGGCAAGAGCGAGCUGGAUGAGGCCUGCACAGACGAGAGGUUCCCAUCAGAUGCCACGGUGGAGUUCGUCUUCUCCUCUGGGCCGGAGAAGAUCAAAGGCCGAGAGAUCCAGAAGAACGACCCGGCCGUCACCGUCGACUACAACACGGGCGACCCCGUGGUGCGCUGGGACUCCUACGAGAACUUCAACGAGCGCUUCCAGGACAGCCUGGAAGACAUCGCCCACACGCGAGGGCCGGUGGACGGCAGCCUCUACGCCCAGAUCAAGAAGCGCCGCUGCCCCAACUCCGGCUCGCUCAGCUCCACCAAUGGCAGCAGCCCGGGGGGCGGGUUCGUCGACGAGCGACCCAAUCACCCGCUCACGUCCGCCAGCUGCGACUCCUCCACCUUCUCCGCCCACUCCAACCAGUCGUCCAUCCAGCAGGCCGACAAGCUCCGCCCCUCGCCGCCCACCCGGCAGGAGAGGGAGGAGCUCGACCGCAUGCUCGGCGGCAUCGAAGGGGGCGGGAGCCGCGACGGCGAGCGCGAGACCGCCAUCCUGGACGACGGCGACUCGCUGCCCUCGGAGCCGUCGUCGGGGACGAUGAGGCUGGGGCGCUCGUGCUCCUGCAGGGCGGGGUACCGGUCCCAGCGCUGCGCCCAGCCCGGCUGCGACCGCACCCUCCUCAUGCCAAACGGGUACUGCCUGGACCGGGCGCCGGGCACCAACGGGCACCACGGGGCCACGCCCUCCGCCAGCCCCAAGUCCGGCCUGCCCUCCCACCUGGACCUGUGCCAGCACUACAGCCCCCACCCCCACCAGCCCCUCCCCCCGCCCGACCUGGUGUGGGACCGCCACGCCGGCCAGACCCACUACCUGCACCGCCCCUGCUCCGACUCCAGCCCCCCCGGCCGCCACCUCUACCCCUACCCCCCCGCCGACCUGCACCCCCUCUCCGCCCCCGGGCGCCUGCUGUGCCGCGGCGAGGACUACGGCAGCCCCUACCACCACCCCCACCCCCACCACCUCCACCACCCGCACCCGCCGCCGCCCGCCCACGUCUACCAUCACCACGGCAACAAGGGCCCCGCCUACCCGGACCCCCUGCUGCUGGAGGGCGGCAUGGCACCCCCCGGCUGCCCGUGCCGGGACUGCGGCGUGCGCAGGGACGAGGAGGAGGACGCCGCCACCGCCGCCUACCACGCCAUCCGCCUGGACCCCUGGGAGCGGGAGGCGGAGCUACAGCACCGAGGGGCGGAGCUUCCGCAGAGGGGCGGGGCUCCGGGGGAGCUGCACCACUGGGAGAACCGGGACUCGCAGCAGGGGGCGGGGCCGCGGCGGGCCAGAGAGCUGUCCCUGCACUGGGAGCGCGAGCGCGAGGCCCACCUGCAGUGGGAGCGCGAGUACUGGCACCGCCGCGCCACCGUGGCGUCCUUCGCGCCGCACGGGCGCCCGCACGACCUGCCGCCCGCCGCCGCCGCCGCGUUCACCUUCGACCCCCUGCCGCCGGGCCACGCCGCCUACCCUGAGGCGUCGCGCUCCCACGCCCACUCCCACCUGGACCUCAAGUACAGCAGCGGCAGCAGCGGCUACCAGACGCCGCGCCAGGCCUGCCCCUACUCGCCCUACCAGCCCUCGCCCGCCGAGAGCCGCGGCUACGCCUCGGGCUACCAGUCCGAGUCCACCUCGCCGCUGCCCCCCGGCGGUCACCACGGCAACGGGGCCCCCGAGCACGGCCAGCCGCCGCCCGGCUCCGACGCCCACGUGACAGAUGCCCUGCGCAGCUCGGGCGAGAGCGUGGGCUGGAGGGACCACAUCACCCAGGGCUCCUUCAAGAGGGUCCACCGGCCCGGGGCGGCCUGCUCCACCCCCUCAGACAUGUCCGGACCCCCCACCCCCGUCCACACCAGCAGCCCCAUGUGCCCCCCGGAGAGCGCCAGCUCAGGCCUCAGGGAGGAGGAGAUCCGGACCACCGACAUCCUCAACGGGGACUACGACCCCGCCCCCCCGUCCCACCCGGCGCCCGUGGCCCCGCCCCGCACCCACCUCCCGGACCCCUCCUCCUCGCCGCCGCCGCCGCCGCGCCCCAAGGACCAGUGCUCGCAGGUCGUCGUGGCGACCACGCGAGGGGAGCCCGGCGAGCGCUGCGGUGCCACCGCCGACCCGUCGGCGCCCGGCUCGGCGCCGCACGCCUCCCCGGACCACGAGCUGGACCCGUCCGCCGCCAUCGCCGCCGCCGCCGCCGCGCCCGUACCGGUGAACCACGUCUCCCCGGCCCUCUCCGACCCGGCCCCCCCAACCCAGGGGCCCGCCUCGAGCGACCCGUCCAUGGAGUCGGCCCCCCAGAGCCCCGGCCCCGCCCGGGACCUAAAAGCUCAGCACGUGGUCACCCAGGCGACGGUCCACCCCGAGAGCCCCACCCGGGUCAACGGGACCCCCAACGGGACCCCCAACGGGACCCCCAACGUCCAGGACGCGCCCACACCCAACGCCGGUUCCACGGCGCCCGCGCCCGAGUCCCCCGCCCGGGGGUCCGGCUCCUCCCCUCAGCCCGCCUCCAGCAGCACCGACACCUCCCCUCUGUCCGACUCCCCGGUGCCCGGCUUCGCCACCCUGGGCAGGAGGCUGAUGCUGAGCGGCUCGGACCCCCAUCAGCCCCCCCACCAGCCCCCCACGACGAACCACCACGGGGCCAGCAACGGCCAGCAGCACCACUACCACCCCGGGGGGGGGGCCCUCGCCCCGGGGCCCGCCGACAGGUCCCCGCCGGCACACGGCGGCUACCCGGCUAGCCUCUACGCCCAGCCCCAGACGGGGGGCGCCCCCCACUGCUACGCCACCCUCUCCCACCCCCAGCCCCCGCUGCCGGAGAAACGCCGGCACCCCAGCCAGCCCGGGUCCCCCGAGGGCGACGGGCCGGCGGGCACCCUGGGGCGACUCUCCUCCGCCUCCUCCGUCGCCCCCCAGCAGCAGCAGCAGCAGCACCACGUCACCUUCUCCCCCACCGUGGGCGAGCUGGCGCCCUCUGGUGGCCAGACCGAGGCGGUGGGGCCCGAGAGCCCCACCAGAGUGAGCGUCAAGUUCGUCCAGGACAGCUCGAGGUUCUGGUACAAGCCGUCCAUCUCCAGAGAACAAGCGAUCGCGGCCCUGAAGGAGCGAGAGCCAGGGGCCUUCCUUAUAAGGGACAGCAACUCGUUCCAGGGGGCCUAUGGGCUGGCCCUCAAGGUGGCCACGCCCCCUGCCAACAUAUCCAAUCACAGCAGCAAAGUGGUGGACCCCCAGGAGCAGCUGGUCAGACACUUCCUGAUCGAGACGGGGUCGCGCGGGGUCAAGAUCAAGGGCUGCCAGAACGAGCCCUACUUCGGGAGCCUCUCUGCGCUGGUCUACCAGCACUCCAUCACCCCCAUCUCUCUGCCCUGCACCCUGAGGAUCCCCGACAAAGAGCUGAUAGGAGUGGGCCAGGAGGUGCACCCCCCCAGUAACAUGAGCAGCGCCGCCGACCUGCUGAAACAGGGAGCAGCCUGUAACGUGCUGUACCUGAACUCCGUGGAGACCGAGUCCCUGACGGGGCCCCAGGCCAUCGCCAAGGCGACGGACGCCACCAUGGGCCGGAGCCCGCGGCCCGCCGCCACCGUGGUCCAGUUCAAGGUGACGGCCCAGGGGAUCACCCUGACGGACAGCCAGCGCAGGCUGUUCUUCAGACGACACUACCCGGUAACCAGCGUGACGUACAGCAGCAUCGACCCAAAGGACAGGAGGUGGGCUAACUCAGACAACAAAUCUGUCCAGGUGUUCGGCUUCGUGGCCCGUAAGCCCGGCAACGUGGCGGAGAACGUCUGCCACCUGUUCGCCGAGCUGGACCCCGAGCAGCCCGCCUCCGCCAUCAUCAACUUCAUCAACAAGGUCAUGCUGUCGCAGUGCCGGUAGAGCGACACACAGAGCGACAGAGAGAAGGAGAGAGGGAUGACUCAGAGGGCUGACCUCGGGUCAGGAUCAUAAGCGAUCCCAUAAAGCAAUAUAGGGUUGGGUCAUCACUGUUGGUUUGUGUUGUUUCAAUGGUGGGUGAAUGUCACCCGUGGGGGAGACUAGGAGCCUUCAGUUCCAUCCCUCCUUGUAUCUGUACAGAGAGCUUCAUCUGCACUGACCCGCCACCAAUCCACCUGAACGCCUCUUAUUUCAAUGUUCACAGGUAUCCAUGGUAACCCGUCCAAAGCCAGUAGUCAUACAACGGUCCAACCAAAAAGGCAAAAAAAAAAAACUUAAA